UUACUUUUAGGCAGUUUCCCAUCAGUCAGUCAUACACAUCCGAGCUGAGCUGACGCUAACUACAGCCAUGGACAGCACUGGGAGAUCUCAGAUCUGAUCGCAGGCACUAAACCUCCAGGAUAUUUUUUAAAAUUACAUAUAUAAGCACACACACACACACGCACGCACGCACGCACACACAUAGGCAGAGACGCUGCCACCCGCCCGCCCGCUGAGCAAACACCUUGUCUCUUCUCGCAGGAUACACACGCGCACGCACGCUCGCACACAUCCCUCUUUAUCUCCUCCUGGCUUCCCGGAGGAUUGUGCCGGCUGUUUUUCAUGGAGAAAGUCCAGGGAGAAAUGGAGAUUGAGAGAUGGGAAAGAAGUGAAGAGAUCUCAGACGCGGAGAAAAAGGUUAUUCAAGAGACCUGGAGCAGAGUAUACGCAAACUGCGAGGACGUUGGGGUCUCCAUACUCAUCAGGCUUUUUGUCAACUUCCCAUCAGCCAAGCAGUACUUCAGCCAGUUCAAGCACAUGGAGGACCCGCUGGAGAUGGAGAGGAGCUUGCAACUGCGUAAGCACGCUCAGCGGGUCAUGGGUGCCAUUAACACUGUGGUGGAGAACCUCAGUGACCCAGAAAAGGUCUCCUCCAUUCUGGCCCUGGUGGGCAAGGCCCAUGCCCUCAAGCACAAAGUGGAGCCCAUCUACUUUAAGAAACUCACUGGUGUCAUGCUGGAGGUCAUUGCUGAAGAAUACGCCAAUGACUUCACCCCGGAGAUGCACAGCGCUUGGACCAAGAUGAAAACCCUCAUCUACACCCACGUGACGGCGGCCUACAAGGAGGUGGGCUGGGCGCAGUAUCCGAACGCCACCCUGUGAGCGGACAGUGGGGAAGGGCAAGGGGCAGGGAGGGAUUCGCUCACACCAGGACUUCACUCUGGUCUCUUCUCAAGAUCUUCGCUCAGUCUGGGGAGCCCAGUAGGGCCAGCUCUGUUAGCUGCCAAGUCAAAAUUUGAUCUCCAUGGGGUUAAAAAACAAAACAAGCCAAAAAAAAAAAACCACAAAGAGGGUGUGGGUGGGUCAGCGUGAAGCAGUGACAAGGGAUGUUGGAAGAGGGGAGAGAGUUGAUGGUUGGCUCUGUCUUACAGUCCUGGCCUGUCAGUCGCCACCUUCCCAAGCCCUGUGCCGCCCUUAUACCAUCUCCGAGAAACAACCUUGCACGAGUCCUGCUGCAAGGCAGUGAUGUGCAGCCCUGUUUACCAAUGAUUGAAAUGACCCUUGUUUUCUGCACAAAGCCCCAGGGUAAACCUGGCUCCUUGCUUUCUGGGGUGUGAUGCUUAUCAGGACUGCAAGCUGCUCUCCCGCCCUGCUGGCAAUGAAAAUGCUUUGCUUUGCCUGCGCUUUCUCUACUCACCUCCCAGGAUGGCAGCCCUGGAUUCGCCACAGCUGCAGCCAGAGCUGCACAUCACUGUACAUCACCGGUCCAGCAGCAGCACUCAUCUCUUUAUCCAAAGUCCUGCUUCUUGGCUAUCUGUUGCAAACUGUCGUGGAGAUGGAGGCAGCAAGGGGACGGGAGAGACGUGCCACUCGUCUCGAGUGUGAGAGCGAGGAAGGAGGGGACCCACCUGGGGCAGCUGCCCCUCGUGGCCUGGAGCUCGGCGCUGCAAGCAGGCUAGAUCCCUUGUGCUGGUAGCCGCUGGCUGCUAUGCACCAGCCACAGGCACCAGAUCCAGGGAGCUGGCGAGCCGAUCCGCCUCCCCUUAGCUCCUCUGGGGUUGCCUCAGGAGGCAGGGACAUGUGUGAGAAUCACCUCGGACAGCACGGGUUAUGCUUCGGCCGUUGCCUGCUGCUCCAGGAGCUAGUGCGUGUUGGUCAGUCUGUCUGGCAGGCAGGAGGAAGGAGAUGGAGGGACGUAGAGCCAGGGUGCUUCUGCCUUGCUCUGCAAGGAGGGAGAUUCAGGCUGGGCUCAGGAGGGGAGAAAGAUGAUGUGAGCUUCCAGGACAGAUUCCUGGGUGUGAUGGAAGGUCCCUGCUCUGCUAAAAUAAAUAAAUCCCUUGUUAUGUAGAACAUAUUCCUGCCCUGUUGGUGAAACUGGGUUCCUUCAAAUAAAGUGCCUGGUAGAAAUCUUUC